UACGCAUGCGCACAACGCCUGUGAGCGAUGGCGAAAUUCCUGCCUUUUAUUCGAGGAACAGGGUUGGAUGGAAAGUUAUCUCGAUAAAACUAGCAACUAGGCUAGCAUUAUCGAUAGUGAUAUCGUCACCGUUGCUCGCUAGUUACUUUGAACUGUCUAAGGCGCAGUUAAUACAAGAUAUCGCCGUUCAUACUACGAGAAAAGCUCAUCAUCUUGCUAACUAUUAGCUAGGUAGCAUUAGAUAGCUAACGCUAGCAUGUCACAUUUUGCCUUUUCUUGUGUUUAUCCAGGUAGCUAGCGAGUUAUCUCUCUCAGGUGUUGUGGAAAGUAGCUGGCCACCGUAGCUUGGUGACAUUAAGCAUUCCGAGAAGAGCUGCAUAGAAAUCAUCACUGUGCAUCGGCGUGUCAGUCAAGACUGCUGCUGCUGUGCCAACUGACAGUACCUCUUCAGUGGUGUGAAUGAGGGAGACAUGGCAGACCGCACGCCACCUCUGGAGUCUGGCCAGCUUCUCAGCCCUGAACUCCCAAUCCUGGCCUCACCACCACCCUCAGCCAUGGUCAAUGGGGAUGGUCCCCAGCAGGUAAUCCUGGUGCAGGUAAACCCAGGUGAGGCCUUCACUAUUCGACGAGAGGAUGGUCAGUUUCAGUGUAUCACAGGUCCUGCUCAGGUUCCCAUGAUGUCUCCAAAUGGUUCAGUGCCUCCAAUCUAUGUGCCUCCUGGAUAUGUUUCACAGAUCAUAGAAGAGAACGGAGUGCGGCGGGUUCUGGUUUUACCUCAGCAACCAGAUUUCCACCCAGGGGGUCAUUCCCCUCUCCAUCAUCCUCCACCUCCACCCCAUGCACACCUGCCUGCCUUCAUCCCACACCCCGCCAUGAUGCCCCCUCCACCUCACUUGUACACAGGCAUGGCAGGGGGCGUGGGUGACUUGAGCUCCCAGUACAUUUCCCAGUACCAUCCAGCUCAUAUCUUCUCAGAGCAGGUCUCUACAGAUUCUCACUCCCAACAUGGCCGCCCAUCCUUUGUCCACAGAGAUGACAGAACUAGCAAAACGCAUGAACGUCUUCAGAAAAAACUGAAGGAGCGUCAGGGAGGUGGAGGAGGAGGAGGGCAGGUGAAGGACAGCCCUCCAUCAUCACCACAGAAGUCCUGCAGCAGUCCCCCAACAGUGGACAUUCAUAACGGCAUUGGUGGGAAAGGGCUGGACGCAGAGCAUAGGCAUGCAGUAGCCUGCUCUGAUAAGCAGACUGGCAAAGGAAAAAAUGGAGAGUCACGAGAACUAGACAAAGAAGCUCAGGCCCUUCUUGCACUUUUGAAUACCAUCAGUAAACCAGUGGUGUCAGACAUCCAGGCCAGAGGGGCAGUAGUCACCUGGAGUACACCCACCAGGCCAGAGAAUGAGAAUGGCAGUGUCGAGGAAGACUGCAGCCCACCAGAGCCCCUCAGCUUCGAGGUCUCUAUUUCAGUUAGCGGCAAAGAUGGCAAAUACCAGAGUGCAUACUGUGGGGAAGAAUUAAAUGCAACUUUAGAGGGUCUACGACCAGCAACAGACUGUCAUGUCAGGGUCCAAGCAAUGUGCAACUGUUUACUGGGAAGUCCAUCAGAGGCUGUGAGCUUUACCACUCUAAACUGUGAGCCAGAUCCUCCCAAUCCUCCCAAGAAGGCCAGUGGGACCAAGAACUCGCUCGUACUCCAGUGGAAGGCUCCAUGUGACAAUGGUUCCAAAAUUCAAAACUACAUUGUUCAGUGGGAUGAGGGGAAGGGCACAGGUGUGUAUGAACAGUGCUACUAUGGACCUCAGAAGCAGUACAGAGUGACCAAGCUUACCCCAGCAUCAAGAUACUCCUUCCGCCUUGCAGCAAAAAAUGACAUGGGUGUAAGCGAGUUCAGUGAAGUGGUGGACCUGUUCACCUCAUGCAGUGUGCCAUUGCCACCCUUCCCUCCAGAGCUGGAGAUGGCGGGAGUGACCUGGCUGUGUCUGAAGUGGCAGAGGCCCAGUAGCUCUCCAAAAGAGGAUGACAUCUACUAUAGUUUGGAGAUGGAGGAAGAAGGAUCGGGCUAUGGCUUCCAGCCAAGCUACGACGGUGACGAACUCUCCUGCACCGUGAGGAAUCUCCAUAGGAGUACCAAGUACAAGUUUAGGGUGGCAGCAUACAACUCCGAAGGGAAGAGUAACCCUAGUCAGGUGGUUGAGUUCGUCACAAAGCCAGACAGACCCAGCUGUCCCUGCAGGCCUGUCAUCAGAGGAAAAGUCCUGCCCAACAGCUUCAAAAUGGCCUGGGAGCCCCCUAAAGAUGAUGGUGGAGCAGAAGUCACAGAGUAUAUCGUUGAGCUGUCCGAGGGCUCAAGUGGUUUAUCAUGGGAAUUGAUCUACUCAGGGCCAGCUCUGGAACACAUGUGUGAUGGUUUGAAACCUGGCUGCUCAUACCAGACGCGAGUUUACUGCAACAGCGAGGGAGGGAAGAGCCCACUGUCAGAGACCCUGCAAGUCCAGACUCCCGCAGUGCCCCCUGGGUCCUGCCAACCCCCUCGACUGGUGGGCAAGCCCAAAGCCAGGGAGGUGCAACUGCGCUGGGGUCCCCCUCAAGUAGACGGUGGAAGCCCGGUGUCCAGCUACAGCGUAGAAGUGAGUGGGCCGCAGUCUGAGGAGAGCCGAGAGGUUUACCAGGGUCCAGAGCUGGACUGCUCUGUGGGUGGGUUAAUGCCUGGCAAAACCUACAGCUUCCGGAUCAAAGCUGCAAACAAAGCUGGGUUCGGGCCUCUUUCGGAGCGCUGUGAGGUUACAACUGGCCCCGGAGCUCCUGAGCAGUGCAAGGCCCCCUCAACCACAUGCAAAUCCCCCAGCUGUGUUGUUGUGAGCUGGGAGGUACCUGCUUGCAACGGAGCUCCAGUGACAGAGUAUCGUCUGGAGUGGGGAGCAGCUGAAGGAGCCAUGAUGAUGUGUUAUAGUGGACCAGGACUCAGCCAUGAAAUGAAGGGACUGCUGCCUGCAACCAACUACUUUUGCCGGGUGCAGGCUGUCAAUGUGGCUGGUGUGGGGCCCUUCAGCGAGGCAGUGCUCUGUCAGACGCCGUGCUCUGUGCCUGCAGCUGUCAGCAACAUCUACGUGCUCAAAGAGUCUGAGCUACAAAAAUACGAGACGCCAGCUGAUGCAAAUGAAGACGAGGAAGAAGAAGAAGAAGAAGAGGAGGAAAGUUGUUCUCAGCCUCCACCAGUCUUCUCUCCAUCCACCUGCCUAGGUAUUUGCUGGGAUCCUCCAUGUGAUCAUGGCUCAGAGAUCACUUCCUACCUGAUUGACCUCGGAGAGAGACAGCCUGUUGUUGUUGGCCCCGUCACCAAACACAUCGUCCAGCAUCUGCAGCCUGACACCAGCUACAGGAUCCGAAUUCAAGCGCAGAAUAGUCUGGGAACAGGACCCUUUAGUCACACCUUUAAGCUGAAGACGAAGCCCCUGCCCCCACAACCUCCACGCCUGGAGUGCACCGCCUUCAGCCACCAGACUCUCAGGCUCAAGUGGGGCGAUGGUCCAGCCAAAGCUGCCACCUCAGACGCCCUCCAGUAUCAGCUGCAGAUGGGGGACAAGAACGGCAGAUUUAUAUCCUUAUAUAAAGGGCCAUGCCAUACACACAAAGUCCAGAGGCUUAAUGAGUCUACCUCUUACACGUUCCGCAUCCAGGCCUUUAAUGAGGCGGGCGAAGGGCCCUUCUCCAAUGUUUACACAUUCACCACCCCACGUUCUCCUCCAGCCCCUGUGAAAGCCCCUAAGGUGGAGCGUCUAGAUGACAACUCCUGCGAAGUCACAUGGGAGGCCCUGACACCCAUGAAGGGGGACCCAGUUAUCUACACCUUGCAAUGUAUGAUGGGAAAUUCUGAGUUCAAACAGGCCUACAAAGGUGCUGCCACAUCCUUCCAUGUUCAGAACCUACAGCCCACUAGCGACUAUCGUUUCCGAGUAUGUGCUAUUAGGCAGUGUCAAGACGCCACAGAGCUGAGCGGCCCCUACAGCCCCACGGUGACCCUCUCCCCCCAGCGGAACGAUGUGGUGCUGGGCAGCAGCAUGGCCGGCUCAGGGUCCAGAACCGGCACAGAGUCCAACCGAACCAGACAGAGCCUGACAGACGAGCAGUGCGCUUUCCUCCUCCUCAUGGUUUUUGCUGUCAUCGCUAUCCUCAUUGCUUUUGUCAUCCAAUACUUUGUCAUCAAAUGAGCCGUAUGCGCCACCCAGCUGCAGGGUUAUAGCUUUACCCCCCCUCACCUCCAUCUCUCUGUUGUUUUGUAUUCUUUGUUUUGUAUUUAAACUGUUUUCCGGUUUCAACAGAGUAGUUGCAUUAGUUGAAAAGGAGUGCUGCGGGAGGAUGAGCUGGUGAAUAAGAGAGUGAUAAAAUGAGGAUGUAACAUCUCAUUUGGCACCUGUGAUACCUUCCGGACUCUCCUGCCUUUUGUCCCCUCGUCCCAAGUUUGUUGUAUGUGUUCGUUUCAAAUCUCUGAUACGUAAUGAUUAGCCUUUGCGCAAAAGGAACUCAGAAAGCAUAUAGUUCUGGUUUGUUUUGGGGAGGGGAGGGAGUGAGGAGAGAAGUGGCGCAUAUAUAAAAUGUAUAGAAAUAGUCUUUAUUUAUAUUUCCAUUUACGUGUCCAGUAUAAAACUGUUUUUGAUAGAUGUGUUCCAAAAAUAGUAUGUAGGUGUGUCAUUAGCCUAUGCGCUAUUUGAUCAUGGGACCUGAUGGGCCAGUGUUUGCACAGUGAGAUGUGUCCAGAUGUGUAUACUGUAUGUAGUUUGUACACGGCUAGGAGGACUUCAGGGCCAGAUGAAGGGACUUAUCUUCCAGCAUGCAGGAUUUUCAGGAGACCAGAAGAAAAGGAAAGGAAAAAAAAAAAUCUUGAUCACAGUAUAGAACGCUCAUUUAGCACUUUCCAACCUUUUUGAUGUUCACAAUGUUUAAGGAUGCAAAAAUGACUGGAGAAAUGUUAGUAUAUUUUUGUACAGCGAGGACACGAAGAUCUGUAGGAUUGAGGAAAAAAAAUGCUCAGUAUAAAGUUAGAAAACAAAAACCAAACUAACAGUGAAUUCUAAUUAUUUUUACUAUCAUAUAGUUAUACUGUAGCUUGUUUUUACAAUCAUGCAGCUGCUUUACUCUGAAAUAUUGUUGUUCAGCACAAAAAAAGUGUAUGCUUUCUUGUAUGUUUUUUUGUUUGUUUGUUUUCCCCUGGUAAUUGAUUUUGCACAUUAGUGGAGAAAACCUUGACUGACUGUGUUUUGGUCUUGUGAUGCAUUUUAUAGAACACACUUUGAGAUUGUGCAAGCCCUACUUGGGUUUUGGGUGUUUUAAAAGUUGUAGUAUCACAUGAUGUGUCACUGAAACAGCUAAUCUCUCAGCAAAAAAGGUAAAAAGAAAAAAAAAAAGAAAGGAAAAAAAUUUGAGAAAAAGGUAUGUACCAGUUGUUUCAGAGGCCUUAAUUUGAGAGGAAAAAAAAUCUCGGGAGAAUUUUCUUUUUCUUAAGUUCUUUUAUGUUUGGCUGUUUUUUUCUUUUAGUGUUAGGAAAUAAAACACUUUUAGUGUUUUCUUUCCUUUUACUUUUGCAGCAUUCAUUUGAAGUUAGUUAACAUGUAAUCAUAAGAGAAAUGGAAAGUAGUUCUAUAUAUUAAGAUUUAUCUUGGUUUCUUUUGUCAGGUCAUACAUGUGUGAAUUUUAUUUUUUUAUAAUAUUGAAGUAAUAUAAGUUAAUACUUUCCACAGAAGAUGAUAAAUCCUGAGUAGUCAUCAAUCAUGGAAUGCAUAAGGCAGAUACAAAACGUGUUAUGUACUUCCUGUGAAUCUAAAUUUGCCUUUUCUCUGUGUUAAGUAUUUGUGACAGAUUGCAGACACUGAAUCAGUGGUAAUCUGGCUGUAGGGUCUAGUGUUGUUUGGUUCUGGGCAGAUCACUGCUGUUUGCAACUGUAAAAAUUAAAUGCAGGUACCUUGCAAAACGUCCUGAAUAAUUACAUGAUUUGGUCCUUCAGACAUUCUGCAAAUGUCUUCUCUUUGUCAUUUAAAGAAUUCAAAAUUCCUAUUUUUGAUAGCGAUUGCAACGUGUGCCAUUUUAACACCUCUUCACCGUGGGCUAACUACCUUUGGCUGGGGAGAUUAACAAAAUGCUACAAAAUGAGUAAAAUAUGCACAAAAAUAGAGACCAUUUUUAUGUAAUUUUAAUGUUUGCAGUUACCUCAUACACCGUACAUUCCAAAAUGAAAAUUUGUUAUACUAUACAUACUACCAGACAUAUCACUUUACAAUGUUCGUUAUGGGAAAAAUGUAUAAUCAUAGAUAUGUAUCUAAAGUGUAUCUGUAUAGCCAUGAUAUCUACAAAGGAUCCAUGCACAAUAAAAGAUUUAUAAUUCUU